AUGGUGGCAAAAAAGAGAAGCCAGCUACGAACCAAAGCCGCUCUGCGGCUUGGCCAAGGCAAGUCUGCAGAUGAAAAGAACGAAACUGUUGAACAACUGAAUCUUCCUGAAGACCCAAAAGCUUUCCUGCAUCAAGCUCGCGAAUCCAAAAAGGACAAAAUUCUCAAUAAAUCUCAAUCCUUUUUGUCGAAAUUACAUGAGGAUACGUCCCUAAGUGGCUCGAUAUCCAAAUCAGCUUUAAGACGUCGAAAACGUAAAACGAGAGAUCAGCUCAAACCAAGAAUGGAGGAUCUCCUGGUCUCUUUACAACAAGACGGUGUGGAAGAUGCAACUUCUGAUUUGACCAACGAUGCCACACUGCAAGAUUCUGGAGACAAACCUACAAGAAACGUUACCAGAGUAUCAAGGACCACCCCACACUUAGAGACCGGAUCUGUUUUGAUAAGAAAAAACGAACCAAGUAUUCGCAACCAGCGUGGUGCCAAGCAAUUAACCGGUAAAGAGAUUGACAGGUUCCAGAAUGUUUUACAAAACAAACAAUUCCAGCAGAGCCCUUUUGCAGCUCUAAAGGAGGUGAUUCAAGCUCAAAAACAUUGA